AUGGAGACAGGAAUGAACAAAAUGGGGAAAGGUGAAGCUGCCGAUCAUUUGCAAACGAUUGUGUUCAUUUCAAAAACAGGUGGUCGUUUCGACGUAUCCAGGGUUUCAUUAAUAGAGACCAGCGAUUAUUACCAAGCCCUUGUCAACAGUGGAAUGAGAGAUGCACACUUUAGUGAACUUGCAUUCGAAUGUCUUUCCGAUCUAUGCCUACAAGAGAUCAAAGAAUUUUUACUGAUCUCUCGAUGCAGCGAGAAAGAAAAUAAAAUGAGGACUAAAAAAAUGAAGCGAUUGAAAAAUAUAGAAAGAGGUUUUGAUGGUGCGUCCUAUUUGCAAAUUAAUGACAUGAUGACUUUAUAUCUUAAACACCUUUUGAGACAUUUGAAUGAUUCAUCGUAUGCACGUCUCAAGAAAUUUGCAAAAAAGUACACUUUAGUUGAGGUGGUCGACAAAAUUCAUGAAUUUGUUUUGAAAAAUUUUAAGAAAAUUGCAAAACGCCCUGAAAUUUUGCUAUAUGAUAUUUUGCUUCAUUUGGUCAAAUCAGAUCUUGUUAAUGCAGAGAGUGAGUUCGAUAUUUUUAAAUUAAUCGCUGAUUGGAUUUCUGCUAAAGAAUCAAGAAGACCAUAUGCCGAAAAUGUUUUUAGAGAAGUCAGGUUCAAUUUGAUGUCUACAGAAGAAAAACAAAAAUGUGUUGACGUGCUCAAGAAAAUGGAAUUAAACGUUUCAAAAACUGGAAAAAAUUCAAAUCGUUAUCGAAGUGUUGGCAAACCCCAUUGGGAUAUUCAAAAAACGCUAGUGGCCGAUCUAAGAAACUCUGACGCGGGUGUUGGUCAAGAUGAUUUGGAAAAUUGUUUGACAACCGGGGGAAAUUUAUUUACAAAAAAAUCAACGACCAGGAAGAGGGAAUUCUCUAAAAAGUAG